UGUAAAUACUAACUCAAGGUAACUCUAGGCGCAGCAGCAGCAGCAGCAGCAGUAUCAUCGUUGUCUGAAGAACGAAAUCCUCGUGUUCGACGUCGCCUGCAUGCAAAUGGAUCCAACUGCAUGGGACAGACUGAGGCUAGUUUAAUAACAACCUCCUCCACCAGCACUUGCGAGGAGGGGGGAGCGUUUCAGCAGCUCACCACCACCACAGAGACAUUUCCAGAGCCUCCUCGAAGGCUCACACAGGUGACGAGGAGUGUUUCGAACUUCCACCACCGCCACUGACGCGCUCACUGUGCGUUUUGCACCGGCGGCACUGCGCCGCGGGAGCCGCCGCUCAUGUUUGGACGUGACAUUUCGGUUUGCGCUGCGGCUCACAUGUGGCCACAUAUGACGCAUUUGCGCCUUUAGAGCUGGUCUUUUCUCGGAGGGGCGCUGGAGUCCUGUGUUUUCUGACAAGUUUACUCUGUUCGAGUUGCGCGUAGACCCGCGCGGAGUCAGGCUCAGUGCACAAGUUGUUUGGAAAUAAAGAUGGUGAUGGGAUGCUGAGAGUGCAGAGCGCCGACGAGGUAAAAAAGGAGGUGACAGCGGCGUCCAGUUUGUUUUGAGCGGCUGCAUCCAGCACCAGCAUCAUCAUCAUCAUCAACAUCUACGUGUGAGCAUCCAAACUGCAGCUCACUCCUCCACCUCUACACUCUCCCAGGUUUUUGCAGAAGCCUGAGUGAAUUUUUCUGCACAGCUGCGCAAACUUGGCCAGACCUGACAGUGUGUGUGUGUGUGUGUGUGCGCGCGCGCCCGCGCUCUGGGCAGCCUGGAUGGAUUUGCGGCUCACCGAGGGAAUUUGAACAGCAAGUGGGGAUUAUAUCAGUCCCUCUCCUAUUAUAACCUCAAAAUGGAUGCCGACAACAGGCUGCGGAGACGCCACUGGAUUAGCCACUCACACACUGAUCUGCUUGUCAUCUAAACGGCACAGGCGUUGAAAAGUUUGGAUAAUCUGAAAGGCUAAAGGUGUAGAAUGCAGUCUGGAGUGAAGACGCUCUCCGCAGGUGGAGGUGCGUCACUCUGCUGCCUGCUGCUUCUCUGGCUCAUCUACUCCCAUCUGCUCAGAGAGGGCCAGUUGGCGGUGGGAACCUGUGAGAUUGUGAUGCUCAACAGAGACAGCAGCGUUCCCAGGCGGACCAUUGCCAGGCAGACAGCUCGCUGCGCCUGCCGGAGAGGCCAGAUUGCUGGGACCACAAGGGCAAGGCCGGCUUGUGUAGAUGCGAGAAUCGUGCGGAGCCGCCAGUGGUGUGAGAUGGCUCCCUGCCUGGAGGGGGAGGUCUGCAGCCUCCUCUUCAACCGAUCCGGCUGGACCUGCACCAGGGGCAGCGGUCGCAUCAAGACCGUCACGCCUUUGCCCAAGGAGCCAUCGUAGGAUGCAGAGGAGCACAGCAGGCUCAGUGACAUCCAUGAUUCCAAAAGGAACUGACGCCAGUUACUACAACCGAACAUUGUGUCAAUUCACCGAUGAGGCCGACAGCGGGCCUGACUUUCAGUUUAAAAAAAUAAAAAAAAUAAAGUUAAGUCACUACAGUGAGAGAGUCUCAGCAGACACUUUGUGAAAACUCUGAAAAGUCUGAAGUGAGCAGCAUGGUCCACCCUCAACAACAUCUUCACUGCAGCCAAAUUCACAGACACAUCAUAGAGCAAAGAAUUGUUAUGAACAGACAGUGGACUCAUUAAAGUACAUACUUUUUUUGCUUUCUUUUUCUUUUUUGCUAGCCACCAUCCAGUCUGCAGGGGACGGCACCUUGAAGGUCUUUUUUCGUAUCCUUGGUGGUUUGAUUUAGACUUUGUCAGAAGAUCUUUGAAAACUCGGCCCCUUCAUCUUCUUCACUGUCACCACUAUGAAACUGCUCGGAGUUAUAUUUCAGCCAGGUUUCUUUUUCUUUUUCUUUUUUUCUCGAGUUGUGGCUGUACUGUUGAACCACACCGUGAUGUUCAUUUGGAUUUUUGACCUUUUGACACCUUUCUCUCAUUUGGUUUGGUGAAACUUUACAAGGCCAUAGCCUCCAAAAUCUCUGCUCACAAAGUUUGGAUAAUGUGAAUGUGGGAAAGCAUGAAAGACUCUUGGAAUGUCACAGGAGAGAAUUUACACUCUUUCCUCUCUCUCUCUCUUUCCUUGAAUGAAGGACAUGAUGUGAACAUUUUUGGAUGAUUUAGCUUAAAGCUCAUGUUUUUUAUGUGAUGCCAACAUAGACUAGAAGAGCCGUGUUGUCGACGAGUCUCACACAUCUUGUGUUCUGUAGUGUGUGUGUGUGCGUGUGUGUGUGUGUGUGUACAUGCAGAGAUACACUGUGAAAUAAGUCAUAUCCAAUGCAUUAUUCAUACUCUUGUAUAUUUUUGGGACACGCCCAGACUGAAGCUCACCAUCUGGCGAAAGGCAUUUGUGAUUUUACACAUGUUGGUUUUCGUUUGAAUCUUUGUAGAUGAAUUGGGUGUUUGCCUUUCCUUCCUUCUUUCUUAUCUUUUCUUUAGCACAUUAUAUAGAGAUAUUUAUUUUGGGAGAAAUAUUAUUGAAACUGGGUAAAGAUCUAAAGUAUGUCACUUAAGUUAAAUUCUGUAAUUAAAAUCAAUUUAUGUGUGAUUAAA